CAGAAUGGAUGAAACGGAAAUCCACAUGCUUUAUGACGUUUGGCAGUUGAGCCUGAAAGACAGAUGGCGACUAUACAGGUAUUGGAUUAACAAGUUCUCAGUUAUGAUGAUGGAGAGGAUCAGAGAAAAAGUUCAAGAAUACCAAUCUGCAUGUGAUCAGCACCGCGAAAUUUUAAUGCAUGAGGACAAGGGAAUUAUCAGACGGGCGACCGUGGUCGGAAUGACAACCACGGGUGCAGCAAAGUACCAGGCAGUCUUGCAGGAAAUUGGUCCAAGAGUGAUAGUUGUGGAGGAGGCAGCAGAGGUGUUGGAAGCGCAUGUAGUCGCAACACUCAGCAGACACUGCCAGCAUCUGAUCCUCAUCGGAGACCACAAACAACUCAGGCCAAAUCCAACAGUCUACAAACUUGCUAAAGAUUACAAUUUAGACCUGUCAUUGUUUGAAAGGAUGAUAAAAAAUGACAUUGAGCUUGAUUGCCUUGGACUUCAACACAGGAUGCGGCCAGAAAUUUCAAAGAUCAUGACGUUGAUAUACCCGGAGUUGAAAGAUCACAGCAUUGUAAAGACAUACGAUAAAGUCAAGGGGAUUACAACCAAUGCUUUCUUCAUAAACCACAGUUUUCCAGAACAAGAAGAUCACGACCUGAAGAGUCACUCAAACAGUCAUGAAGCCAAGUACAUUGCUGGGCUCUGCAAGUACUUCCUGCUACAAGGUUACGAACCAGAGCAGAUCACCAUCCUCACGCUCUACUCUGGACAGCUGUUUACCAUUAAAAAGGAAAUGCCAAAGCAAACAUUCAGUGGCGUUCACAUUACCGUUGUCGACAACUUUCAAGGGGAAGAAAAUGACAUUGUUCUACUGUCACUUGUCAGGAGUAACAGUGACGGAAAAAUAGGAUUUUUGAAAAUCGACAAUCGAGUUUGUGUUGCGUUGUCUCGGGCUAAAAAGGGCAUGUUUGUUAUAGGAAACAUGGAUAUGAUGGCACAAGGAAGCAAGCUUUGGAAGAACAUUGUUUCUCAUGCACAGAAAGAGAGGAUGAUCGGAGAAGGUCUAAGACUUGUUUGUCAAAAUCACCCAGAAGACAAAGGACUCAUGGCCAAAGUACCUGGGGAUUUCCGAAAAGCUCCUGAGGGUGGAUGUAUGAAGCCAUGCCAGUUCCGUCUUGAAUGUGGCCAUACCUGCAGUAUGGUCUGUCACAUACUAGACCAAAAGCAUGAAAAAGUGCAAUGCAGAAAACGUUGUGAGCGUAAGAUUUGCACUAACGGUCAUAAAUGCAAAAAGAUGUGCUACCAAAAGUGUGGUGAAUGUCUAAUUCUUAUGCCGAAAAAGAUACCGCAAUGUGGUCACACACAGGCAGUUCCUUGUCAAAUCGAUCCUAACUACUUCCGCUGUGAAGAAAGGUGUGAAGAAAACUUACCGUGUGGACACCGAUGUGCAGAGGCAUGUGGAGAGGAUCAUACAACAGAGUGUCAGGAACUUGUCCUUAAGUCCUGGCCAUCUUGUAGACACGCUGGAAUGGUAAAAUGCUCAGAAAAAGUCACGAAAGAGUGCGUUGAACAAUGUCAGGAUAUCUUGGGAUGUGAACAUCUUUGUUCUGGAAGCUGUGGGUCAUGCCUGAUGGGAAGACUUCACAAAGCCUGUACAAUGGUAUGUGGCCGAACCUUAAUUUGUGGUCACGAGUGCGCGGAUCGAUGUUCUAGAUGCCCACCAUGCAAAAGAGUUUGUGAAAAUCGCUGCAUUCACAGUAAAUGCCAGAACCCCUGUGGGGAACCAUGCGCAGCUUGUAACGAGAGGUGUGAAUGGACAUGUCAGCACUAUACCUGUACGAAUUUGUGUAAUGAACCGUGCGAGCGUCCCCGAUGCAACAACCCGUGCAAGAAGAGACUCAAAUGCAAUCAUCAAUGCAUAGGAAUGUGUGGAGAAAAAUGCCCUUCACUUUGCAGAGUUUGUCACAGAGAUGUUGUGACAGAAAUAUUUUUCGGAGAUGAAGAUGAACCUGAUGCGAGAUUCAUACAGCUAGAGGACUGUGGCCAUAUUAUCGAAGUCAGUGCCAUGGACACCUAUAUGGACCAAGCUUCUACUGAUGAGCAGAAUGAAAUUUUACUUAAAGGAUGUCCCAAAUGCAAAACACCAAUUCGCAAAAAUUUGCGAUACGGAAAUAUAAUAAAGCAGACUUUGAGGAAUAUCGAGCAAGUCAAACGAAAACCACUCGGCGACGAACAAAGAAUAAAAGUUCUUUUGGAUGAAAUUCCAGAUGAAAUAUCCGAAUUGGAACCAAGGGAUAACAUUAUCGUGAUGAAAAAGUUCAAAGCGAUACUAGAGGAAAAAGACAUUUCAAGUCACAACCGCAUCAAGCCGCAUUUAAUCGGCAAACUCUGGGAGGAAACUCUAGUAACCGUCCAGAAUCAGACAGUUUUCCUCAAACGACUAAAUGAUCUGAGAAGAAAAUACAGGGACGUAGAGCCAUCUCGAGAUUUGGAGGCCGUAUUUAAACAAGCAAAGGACCACAUAGGUCGUGUUCGGCUAUGGAUACUCAAACAAAGGACGUACUUCACACAACAGGAAACUACUGACGUUAUCGAUGAAAUAUGUAGACUAACACUCCUUAAAAAAUUUCUCCUGUAUAAAACACAAAUUAGAAAUAGAAACGUUGCAUUGGACGACGACUUAAAGAGAAGAAUACAGGUGGCAGAAAAGAUGCUUACCGAUGGGAUGAAGUUCACUGAGCCAAAGCAGAAGAAAGUUAAACACACAUUGAAGAUGCUGAAAGAAGUCGUCCCUAAAACAGGGCUUGGGAUUACAGAAGAGGAACGGAUUCAAAUCAACCAGGCUAUGGGUAUGGGGAAGGGACACUGGUUUAAAUGUCCAAAUGGACAUGUGUACGCUAUUGGAGACUGUGGUGGUGCAACGACGCAGGGGACCUGCCCCGAAUGCCAUGCAGCUAUUGGAGGUGUUUCAUACAGACUACAGUCGGGCAACGCAUUUGCGCCUGAAAUGGACAGCGCAGCUGCGCCAGCUUUUCAUAAUGCACUGAUUAACUGAAAAUGUAUGGGGCCACCUGCCCGAACACGUUGGUUUUCUCCGGAUAUUCAAAAAAGGAGGAGAUAUAUACUGACAUUAAAAAGUAUUAUUACAUCAUAGAAAGACAUUUUCUUUUAUAUGUAUUUACGAUGUCAAUGACUCCAGGUUCUUUUCCAUUGAGUGAUAACAUUAUUUUGUUUUACUGAUUUUGAAUAUAUGUGGUAUUUGUUUUCAUUUUGCUGGAAACUGCAUUCAUUCUUUUGUUACUUACUUUUUUAUUUUUUAUUUUCACAAUGUGAAUACAUCACUCAAAAAAUGUAAAUGACUUUAACCAUAUGGCAAGGAAUAACCUUCUUAUUCGUAACUACUACUAUAUUACUGGAAUUAAAUAUCUUUUUUAGAAGAAGCUGAAUUACCGUUUGCAUGAGUAUCUAAAAAUGUUUUUGUUUGUUUUGGGGUUUUUUUGGCAUAUGACUGAACCACAUUUAUUUUAGAGUGUGUAUGGGGUUUUUAAAUUGUAAAUGUAAGUUAACAUGAACAAGAGUAUUGUAAUUGGGCGUUUUAAAAGUGGCGUCAUACACUCAAAGUCUCUGAGGAUCGUGGUCCCUUUUAGCAGAUUUGAUUAAAUAUUGUAUGUAACACGUUAUAUUGUAUUUAUAUAAAUUCAUUGCUUAUUGAAAAUAUUACAUGAUUUUCUAGUUUAUAUGAGACUAUAAAACAAGUUUUUUGUAAAUCGAAUGUAAAAUGUCAAACAGCUGAUUUAAUGAUUUGGCCCACUGUGGCUUAAUGAGUUGUUUUUAGCAGUUUAGAGCAGAGACACCGGCCAUUUUCACUCUUUGCUUGACAAAGGGAACAUACGUUUUCGAAAGUUCGCAAAAUAAGUUUUAAAUUCCUGUUUGUGUUUAAAACAAAGUUACCUUUUCAGGCUAUUUAGUUAGCCACAUUUGUGCUGAAGUAUAUAAUCGUGAUUACUUUCAUAAAUCACGUAUAAAAACUAAUAUAAGAUUAUGUUUAUCACAUAACCAAAUAUCGAUAAAAACAGCAUUUUCCAAUAUCGGCAUUUGUCUUCAAGCCUUUUCUCAUUAUGACAUCCCAAUAAUUAUUGACCUUUGUUUAUUUCAGUAUUUGAUUUUUGUCCGGCUAUCUUCUUCUACAUUUUUUAUAGCAUGUCAGCUAAACACUCUUUGAAUGAUACAGAUCUUAUUUCAACGUGUAUGUUUUUCUCAUUCCAAUCACCAGAAUGAGCUCAGAAAAAAAUCGUAUCGCGGCAUAUGAUUGUUUUUAAUUUUAUGACGUCACGUCAUUUUUCUAUCCCAAUGCGACGUCACGGAAGGGAUAUGGGUGUAAGAUAGAAAUUCCAUUAGUUUGUGCAAAGUGACAAGGCAAAACAAACCACCAUGUUUUAUUAGUUAAUAUUUACGUGUAUAUUAUGACGUCAUACAUUUGUAGUAGCACAAAUAAGCAUUGCCAUCUCCUGAAUUUUGAGGUGUUACGCUUGCAUACGUUCUCUGCACCCUUAGAGCAUGUCAUGAUAAAAUUGAAGGUACACAGUUUGCAAUUUGAUGGUCUCAUUAUAAAAAGAACUUGACAAAUCGCUAAGUGAUACAUGUCCUUUGAAGUUUUUGUAAAAAGGACACAUUACUUUAAAGCCGGUCAAAUGUACCGUUACACUGCCGCGAAAUUCUAUUGAUGGGUCGCAAAUGAUUAGACUUAUCUACUUGUAUAAAUGAAGCAGUGCGUCCAGAGCUUUCGAUUUUGUCAUGUAAUAUUCCAGGGGCGCUGAAAUUUUGAGGAUGUAGAGUUGUAGACCUUAGUCAGAUGACGUCAAUGUAGCAAAAUAGAAUUGUAGUAUGCGUUUAUUACCAUGAAAUGCAUACAUAUAUAUAUACGACUAAACUACACAUACUGACUAGUGUACAUACUAUGUUAUAAAGAGGAUGUAUGCGCUUAUAUUUUAUCGGUGUUCAUGUCAUGCAAGACUUAUGAAGACAAUUAACUUAAAAGUUUGUUUAUUUUUGUCAUGUGUUUUUUUAAUCAAGGUUCGGUAAAAGCUCGUUAACUUAAAUUUAGAGUCCACAGAUCUGGCGUACAAACUUCCUAUAUAAGACACUCAUAAUACAUAAAUGAAAAGAAAGAAGCAUCAAUACACAUGUACCUGAUUUUCAGGUAAAAUUGUUUUCAUAAAGAACAAAGGACACUGAAUCGUAUACCUGUCGUUUUAGAUGCAUAGAACAUGAUGGAUGGGUGCAUUGUUGAGAGGUGGUCUUAACUACAUUUUCCGCCUCCAUUAAUCCAUAAAAAGACAUAGACAUUUACUUAAGACAUGAACCAGGUCAACGAAGAUGUUUCACUUAAUAAAGACUUAAAAUGAGGUCAGUUCCUGAAACUGAGCUAAGGUGAGGUGAUGAAUUCGUCUGAUUGCGAAUUCCUUUGUUGGUAACUGAAAUACCACGUUUACUUUAGAGGUGUAUUUCAUUAUUCCAGUGCUUUAUAUAAAGUUUCAGAUUGUAUUGUUUUCUUGAAAAUAUGAAACAUAGUGUUGCAAAAAUAUGUGAAUCCGUUGCAUUAAAACAAUU